AUGCAAAAGGUUCUAAUAAUUGUAUUGAUUUGUGAGAAAGUUUUCUCAAAAGGCAUUUAUUUCGUUGAAGAGAGGAAUGGUGUGACGUAUACUCAACCAUUGACAAGCACUUCCAAAGCCGAAGUGGGAGAGCAAAUAAAGGAUAUCUUCGAUAUCGAUUUAGAUGACGGGGAUCAUAACUUCAAACUUCCUGAUAAAAAUGGUUUAAUAUCAAGAUACAUGAAAAAUUUGUACGACGAGUUGGAAAACUUAGAAAACAAUGGCCAAAUGAAUGAAGAAAGCUUAACGCCUUGGCUGAGUGCAGACGAAAUAAUUUCUGUAAUGGCUAUUGACAUUUCUGAUCGUCAUCCAGAUGGAGUUUAUCAAAUCAAAUUUUCCCGCAAAAGCCUUCCCGAUUCGAAAUCGCACUCGGUUCUUUGCGCUCAAUUAAGAGUGACAGUAAGCGGUUUGAUUUCGCCGGUUUUCUUUACAAUCGACGAUUCUCGUAUCGCCGACGAGAACAUUUUAGUAGCACACGAGAAUCCAAUCGUCGUCACUGACGUCACCCCCAUUAUUUCGAAUUGGAUUGAAGACAUUUCCUCAGAGACUUUCAUUAAUCUGCAUGCCUCUACCAGUUCUCCUUUGAAACUUGAAGCAUUUAUCGUAAUUGCAGUUAAAGAUGAAGCUGGAAAAUUACCGAAAACAAGAAAUCGGAGGGCGGUUGCAGCGAGUCCGUUAUCCUUCCCUCAACCAAAACGGCAAUCAAGGAAAGGGGAAUCCGCGUAUUUUGAAAAGCCUGAACGAAACGAAAUCUGCCAAAAGAAAGGGCUGUACGUUGACUUUGAUGCUCUUGGAUGGAAGCAAUGGGUAAUUGCACCCGAAGGGUUUUCUGCAUUUUAUUGCGCCGGCGCAUGCUCAGCACCAUUUCAUCGAGCUCUAAAUGCAACAUCACACGCAAUCGUUCAAUCUUUAGUUCAUCUUGUACGCCCAAACGCCACCACCGAAGCAAAGUGUGCACCAUCUUCGCUAUCAUCAAUGAAAAUAAUGUUCAUCGAUCAAAAAAAGAAUCUUCUGAUUAAGCGAUAUCGAGACAUGGUCGUCAAAGAGUGUGGAUGCCAUUAA